GCCGAUGAAACUGGAAAUUGAUAUGUAUUUCUUUUUAAAAGAAAGCUCACGUUGGAGGUAGCUCAGAGAGAGAGAGAGAGAGCUCAGGCAGACUUGAUAAAUAUUCAUUGCUGCAAGACUGGAGGAUUGCAGAGUAACUUUGAGCGAUUCUAUUGGUUGCGUGAGUGCCCAGCUCUGUGCGGGAUCUGAGGCUGUUUCUACUCAUCAGAAAGAGGAGGAGGAGAGAGAGAGGGAAAAAAACAAGAGUCCUGGCUUCUCCUCCAGACAUGCCAGUGUUAGCACUGAAGGAUUGCCUUGAUGUUGGCUGUGCGGACCGAAUGUGACUCGGUGAUGCGGAGAAUAUGAACAGGCAGGCUUCACGUUGCGAGUUGCAGAAGCAGUGCAACAUCUGCUCUUUGUAUGUGGCAACAAAGGCAUAACCGGGAAGGACCUGGGAUCUUCUUGCUGAUGUGACAGAUGGCAGUAUACUGUGGAAUGGCUUCCUCAGAAUCACCUCCUCUCCAGCCGGAAGAUCUGAGGGGAAAAGACAUCGAACUCCAGUUGUUCAGCCCAUCUGUGGAUCAGACAGUGGGGGAAGAAGGGAAUAUCAUUCAAGAAGAAUCCAUGUGUGAAGGUCAGCUAAAUGGGCAAGGACAGCAGGCAAAAGCAGAUGGCCAAUUGACUGAAGCAUUGGAGUCAUCUUCAGAUGAAGAAUAUGGGGAAGAGUUUGAUUUUGAUGAUGAUUUGCCUGAGGAAGAAGACACUACGUUCAGAAAUGAGCACGAAUGUGAAGUCUCUCAAAAAAACACAGGCGAUAAUCAGGCCGUUGACUCGGUGUCUGAAUCAGUGAAAUUUACUCAACCUGUGCAGGAUUCAGUGCCAUCAAACACAAUCACUUCUUCCAUAGUUCACGCAAUAGACACUCAGAGCUUGAAAUCUCCCCUGAAUAAUGUCACAUCUUCCACCGAUUCGAUUGUACAUUCUACCAGCACAGACUCUGCUGCCAUUGCCUCUGCUUCAAGGAGUCCUUCAGCUGUCCUGUGCACUGAAUCAAACAGUAGUGUGGAGACCGGCAUUGAGGAUUUGUCUUGGAAGGAGAACAUCCUGUAUAAUGUCCAGUCUGCCUCGGCCCAGCAUACAUCACCAGGUGUAGAGGAUGAUGUGAUCUAUGAUGAUGUUACAAAUGAAGAUCAAUUUGCUGAGGAGCAGGUGCCUAUGGAAGAAUUGAUCUACGAUGAUGUGAAUCGGGCAGUAAGUUGUAUCAGCCCAGCACAGCUAGAAGACGGUUGGAGUUCCAGUGAAUUUGAGAGCUAUGAUGAACGCUCGGAUGAAGAAAAUAAACCUGGAGGAGAACAGCAAAAGUCCAAGGCUGUCCUUCAGCCAAAGCUUUCCCCGGAUCUCAGUAGACUGAAGGAGAAGUACGCCAGGACUAAGAGAGAAUUCCUGGCAAUGAAAGUCAGGGGCAGAGACGUACAGGAGCUGAAACAGCGAUAUGACUGCAAGAUGCAGCAGCUAAUGAAGGCAGCAAGAAAUGGAACGAAGGACGGACUGGAAAAGACAAAAAAUGCAGUAAUGCGUAAAGUGUCAUUCCUUCAAAAGAGAGAGCCUCAAGACCAAUAUGAGGAGGAUGAUGCUGGCUAUCUUGAUGUUCAGGUAUCAGACUCGAAACAUCCCCCACCAGAGCUUGGUCCAAUGCCUGCGGGGCUGACUCCUCAACAGAUUGUGCGAAGGCAUAUUUUGAGCUCCAUUGUGCAGAGUGAGCGGAGUUAUGUUGAAUCUUUAAAGCGGAUAUUACAGGAAUAUAAGAAGCCAUUGCUGGAAGCAGAACCAAAGUUGUUGAGUGCGAGGAAGUUACGGGUGGUCUUCUAUCGUCUGAAAGAGGUUCUGCAGUGCCACUCUAUGUUUCAGAUUGCCCUGUCUUCCCGGGUAGCUGAGUGGGAUACCUCCGAGAAAAUUGGAGAUCUCUUUGUGGCUUCGUUCUCAAAAUCGAUGGUGCUUGAUGUAUACAGUGACUAUGUGAAUAACUUCACCAAUGCUAUGGCCCUCAUUAAGAAGGCCUGCCUGACUAAACCAGCCUUUCUGGAAUUCCUGAAGCGGAAACAAGCCUCUAACUCUGACCGGAUAACACUCUAUGGGUUGAUGGUGAAGCCAAUCCAACGAUUCCCACAGUUUAUUCUAUUACUUCAGGACAUGCUGAAGAAUACACCGAAAGGCCAUGCUGACCGGCUGUCCUUGCAGCUUGCCCUGACUGAGCUGGAGACACUAGCUGAGAAGCUUAAUGAGCAGAAGCGGGUCGUGGAUCAGAUGGCGGAGAUUCAGCAACUGGCGAAGAGUGUUGGCGACCGCACCCUCAACAAGUUGUUAAGUUCUGGCCAGCGGCAGCUUGUCCUGUGUGAGACUCUGACCGAGACGGUUUAUGGAGAGAAGGGACAGAUCCUCAAAUCCAAGGAGCGCCGUGUAUUCCUGCUCAACGAUCUGCUUAUCUGUGCCAACAUCAAUGUAAAGAGUCAGCCAGACAUUGGCAGUCUGGUUCCUGUCGGCCCAAAAUACACUGUGAAAUGGAGCACCCCACUGCUGCAGGUUCAGGUGGUGGAGGUUGGCCUAGAAGGGAAAGGAUACAACAAGGAUACAAUUAUCUUUCAGCAUCCAGGGAGCAAAAAGACCUCGUCUACCUCUCUUUCAAGCAAGAUUUAUAUGGGCCCCCCACGGCUUUACCAAGAGCUUCAGGAAUUGCAACAAGAUCUUACUGUUGUGAACCAGAUAUCACAGCUCAUCAGCACACUUCAUGGCACUUAUCAGAACCUAAACCUCAUUGUCGCCCAGGAUUGGACCCGAGCCCUCCAGAGGCUGAUCAGGAUUAAAGAGGAUGAGAUCCAAUCAGCAAACAAGUGUCGUCUCCGCCUCCUGUUGCCAGGGAAACCGGACAAGUCAGGAAGACCGGUCAGCUUUAUGGUGGUAUUCAAUACUCCGAAUCCUCGCAGUAAGAUUUCCUGGGUGAAUCGGCUACAUAUGGCUAAAGUUGCACUAACUAAGGAUAACCAGCCCGGCUGGCUCUGUAUUGAGGAUGAUGGAAAAACAAAGGCCCCAUUUUGGUGCCCUUUGCUGGCCUGUCGAAUGCCCAUGUACAGCUCAAAAUGUCAGGACCUGAAGCCUGCAGCAGCUCUUCACACUCCAGUGCAAUCAUCCUUACUUGGGAUCUCCAUUGCUAGUACGUGUCUCGCACAGGGAUACCUUUGGAUUGGCAGUGGGCGAGAACAGGGGCUGGGGCAGGUCGAUCUCUUCUCCUUGAACAGAUCUGCUCCCAAGCACGUCAAGUCCUUCCAGGUUAGCUCCUGGGUCUUGUGCAUGGAGUAUAUCCCCUUAACGGUCCGAGAGGAAGACGAUGUCGAUUGUCCGAUGGACAAACCAGGAGACAGCCCCAUUAUUGUUAUGGGACUUCAAGAUGGCAGUAUUGUGGGAUAUGCGAGUGUCGACAUGGCAACCCAGCAUCUUUUUAUAUUUAAAAGCCCCAGAGAGGUGCCUGUUGUGUGCCUGAAGCAUUUGCUGAAUGUUUUGUUUGCGGGCCUGCAGGAUGGGACCGUCACAAUAUACACCAGGACAAACGAUGGGAAAUGGGAAUGGGAUACGCCCCACUUGGUAAAAGUUGGUUCCGCUUCAGUUGAAACUCUGCUGGCAGUGGAUGAAACGGUGUGGGCUAGCUGUCGGAACAAGGUCACGUUGAUCAAUGUUCUUUGCUUCGCUACAAGGUGUUUUGAAGCCCACCCUGAUGACGAAGUGAGGGUGACUCAGAUGAUGAAAGCAGGCGGCGGGGUGUGGAUGGCUUUCUCAGCCGGCUCCUCCAUUCGAUUAUUUCACACAGAGACUCUGGAGCAUCUGCAGGAAAUCAAUGUAGUUCCACGCAGCACCUUCUUCACGCCAGGCCAAAAGAACAUUUUGGUGACGUGUUUGCUUGUUUGCCAAGGGAUGCUUUGGGUUGGGACCAAUCAAGGAAUCUUGAUCGCUUUACCAGUACCAAAACUGGAGGGAAUUCCAAAAGUAACAGGAAAGGGAAUGAUCUCACUGAAUGCACAUUGUGGUCCUGUGGAGUUUCUGAUCCCUACCAUUGGCUCUCUGGACUUGGACUUACUGAAGAGUGAGUCGACUGAGGAAAUGCCUGAAUAUCAGGAACUGAACAGCAAAGAGGAUUCCUCAUCCCAGGAAUCCCUUCAGGAUCAGCACAACCACCUGGAUAAGAAGCAAGGGAUCUCGCUGUGUUACAAUCUGCGCUCCACCUCCCACCUGCCUGGUCAGUUACUGUCAGCACACAGCGGUGAGGCUCAGGCCAAUGAGAACUCACUGGAGCACAGUGUUGAGGACGGUUCCAUCUAUGAGAUAGUCGAUGACCCGGACGUGUGGGUUCGAAGCAGGUCUUCAGCCCGAGAAGUUGUCAAAAAAGAGAAAGUCAGCUCAGUUGCCAUUGCCUCUGGAGGCAGGGGCUACCAGAACUUUAGCAGGGACUUCAAGCCGACUGUUCACAACAGGAAUGAAAACACGUUGCUGAUUUGGCAGAUUCCGCUGUCUUUGUAGAGUUCUGGCAGAUAUGCAUUUGUGAAAUGUGUCUACUAGAGAUACACUCUGGGAGCAGAUUGCACCAUGUUCAAUGACCUGCAGUUUGAGAAGAUUCCACUUCAUAAACAGGGUUACAUGCUCAAUUAGCAAGAGGUUGUGCAUCCCUUCCUUGGUUAGCAUGAAGAUUUCAAAGCAUUCUCUACCAUUAUUGCUGACCCCAUUCACUUGUUGGAGCUCCCUUUUAAGGAGGGCUCCCAGCUCUGUAACUCUUCCUGCCCUGUAUUUCCAGGUGUUGGGUGAAUGGUGCAUCGCACAGAAACAGGGAAAGGGUAUGUUGUGCCAUCGGGUUUAUCUUUUCUCACUCCCUUGCCCUUUUCCUAAUUCUUCUGUUUCUUCCCCCUAAGUCACUAAAGGUGCCAGCCCUAUGUUUGCUGCUUUGGGAUAUUAAAGGAAUGUUGAAGUCAUUCCUAAGUCACUUUAUCUCCUCCUCCUCAUCUUCACUCUUCUUGCAUCUUUCCACUCUUUCCCACCCCAGAAGACUGGGAAAUGACUCCAUGGGCGCUGGCAGCCCUUUGACACUGUGCCCAACCGGCCAAUCUUUGUACAGGAACCUGGACGUUGAAUGUCUUUAGGCUAUUGGACUUUGGAGGGCACCAAAGCUGAACCUUCUCUGGGAUCAACACGUGCACUUUCCAGCAGGAAUCACUGGAGGACAGUUGUGUCCCAUCCCACUCUCUUCUCAGCCUGGGGAUUCUGAAGUCAUUCUUCCCACACCACUAUUACAUUCUGCUUGGUUGGCUUACAAAUGAAAUACGCGGAAGGACAUGAUCAGCUCUAUCAGCCUUACGCAAAAGUAAUUGGGAGCAAUGGGUUUUUGUGAAAAUAAAGUUCUUCGGUGGCUGCAACUUGUAAGCUUGAUAA